CACCAAACCUCGCUGCUCCUCUGGGCAGAAGGAAGCCAGAAUCAUCCGAGCCAGCUAUCUCACCAAAUCCAUAGGCACUUUCUCACUCCAUUCGGUCCCCAAUUCCUUCCCACUUGGUCUCGAGCAGUUUCGAAGGAGAUGUGAUAAGGUGUCAAAGGAAAUUGAAGGCUAAGGCUACGGUCUCUCCAUUCGACUGAAGGAAAGUGAGACUUUUAAAAACGGCGUGGUGGUUUUUGAGUGAAAUUGUGAAAGUGAACGUUAUGUUAGAAUUUACCAAGGAAGCUUUGAAGGACCCCGACUCUGCUGAUGGGAUGCGAGUUCGGGGUGAAAUUUGUGAGGGAUGUGGCCAGAAAAUACGCGAUCGUUUCUUGCUGAAAGUAGGUGACACCCCUUGGCAUGAAGAAUGUUUAAACUGCUGUAUCUGCCGUGUGCCCUUAAGUCACUCUUGCUACUGGAGGAACUCUAAACUUUACUGUAAGCAUGACUAUGACCGGAUUUUUGGAAUCAAAUGUUCUCGGUGUGGUGAACGAGUAUUGUCUCAAGAACUAGUCAUGAGAGCAGCUAAUCAAGUGUUUCAUUUGAACUGCUUUGUGUGUGCCGCAUGUCUUUGUCCGUUAAAGAAAGGUGAGCAGUUUGUAUUACGUGGAUCUCAAAUAUUCUGUCGUGCGGACUUUGAGAAAGAACUGUACCUCCUCCAGCAGGCAAAUAGCCCAAGAGGGAGUGAUGAUGUGAUUGGGGAUGAGAAUAGCAGACCUCGCGAUGGCAGAAGAGGUCCGAAACGACCUAGAACAAUUCUUACAUCGGCCCAGCGACGACAAUUCAAAGCUUCAUUUGAAAUCAGUCCAAAACCAUGUCGAAAGGUGCGAGAAGCGCUGGCGAAAGAAACGGGUCUCAGCGUCCGAGUGGUCCAGGUUUGGUUUCAGAAUCAGAGGGCAAAGAUGAAAAAGUUACAGAGGAAGGCGAAGCAGGACACGGACUCGAAGGGAGACAAAGACUCAUCCAAGGACAAGGACGAGAAACACAAAAGCGAGUCCUCUUCAUCCGAACCCUCUGGUCACUAUUUUGAAGGGUCUAACGAUCCUUUUACCCCAUCAGGGUCCCAACCCUUAAAUCCAAACAUGCCAUAUUCCCCCGAAGCCGAGAGUUUCUGUAGUUCCGACAUUUCUCUCGACGAUUCCAACGGUCUGGAGCCCUUGGACGACUCUGGUCCAGAACUUCACAACCUGGAAUCGCACCCUACAAGUCAUCAUCAUCACGGGGGAGGUGGGCCAUCGGGUGGUGGUGGUUCCGAAAUCCUGCCUGCUUAUAACCAAAUAAAUCCCAUCGACAAGCUCUAUCUUAUGCAGAAUUCUUAUUUUACCGACACUUAAAUUUAUCUUUAUCCUCAUGUCGUCCACGAGCUUAAACUAGGGAGAACGUGAACCAUUCCUCUCCAAAGAGAACUAUAUGUUGUAUUCCUGUUUAGUCAGUCAUGUCAUGAUAAGAUAAAGCGAGGCUUAAGUAAGGAAUAAACAAACAUGUAGUGUGUGUGUGUGCUGCUGCUGCUAUGAGAUCAA